AUGGGACUGAACAAAGACGCGAGCCACACGUACGUGCACAUGCACCGCGCCCGCGACGCCGACCUGUUCGAGGACUUCUGCAAGGAGAGACUGCCGGACGACGAGGUGUACGUGCCACCCCAGCACCAGCCCAUCAACCCAGAGGACGAGGACGACGUCGUGCCGGACCAGCACGCGGCGUUUGGUAUCACCCAGGCGACGCAGAGGCAGCGCGAACCGGCAUGGAAGGACCUCGGUCUCGCGGGCCUGAUGAAUCGCGGACCACCGCCGCCGGGCGGGUGGGCGCAGGCCCAGAGGGCGGGCAGCGGUGCUGGUGCUUCUGGCGGGUUGAGGUUGCCGCGGUAG